AUGGCUGACUAUUUUUUCACCGCCGCAACAUGCUUGGCAAUAUUAUUAUGUAUCGCACCAGGAAUAUUCUACGUCCAAACACGGAACUGGGGUGUAGUGCUUAUGAUAUUUUGGGUAAUAGCAACAAAUUCCAUACUUUUUAUAAACUCUAUACUUUGGGCUGAUGAUCUUGAUGAUAAAGCUCCUAUUUAUUGUUUGAUUUCUACUCCAAUAUAUGUUGGUGCAAACGUUGGCCUGUUGGCUUCUAUUUCUUGUAUGAUUUAUACUCUUUACACUCUCAUCGCAUGCCCUAUGAUCGUGACUGAGCAAGUUAAAAAAAAACAAACAGUUAUAGAUUUCAGUCUUAUAAUUGGUGCACCCAUAGUUCUUACGGGAUUCAAUUAUUUAGUUCAAACAAAUAAAUAUGGGAUUAGACCUGUUUUAGGCUGUUUCUCAGUCGAAUAUGUGAAUGCAUUGUUUUUUUUGGUACAUGGAAUAUGGCCUGUUAUCAUUUCUAUUAUUGGUUGCUAUUAUGCAGCACGUACAUCCUAUGCGAUUUUGAAAAAACGAUUUGAAAUCCAAACUCUUUUGAGGCGUACUGAAUCUGGUCUUAAUAGUGCAAAAUUCUAUCGUCUCGUUCUUAAUGACUAUCAUUAUGAAUUUGAUAAAGUUCGAAGAUUUGAUUCCGGUAUAUCUGUUGUUGACUAUGCGAAACCUUUGGCCGGGUUCUUCGUAUUUUUAUUCUUUGGUACUGGUCAAGAUGCUUCAGCCGCCUAUAAAAGAUGGGCUAGGAUGGCCAAAUUGGAUAGAAUCUUUGUAUUUCUCAAAGAAAAUUAUGAUGAUUUGCGUAGUCAAUCUACAAAAUCUUCUCAAAACUCUACAUUCCAAAGCAAUGGUCAAGUGCCUUCAUUUCCUGACUCUCCAUUUAGAUCACCAAAACAUUUUCGUCGUCAAUCUGAUUCUUUUGGUGACGAAAAAGACAUCCAAAAAAUAGAAUCUACCACUUAUCUAAAACCAAAGAAAGGCUUAAGUAACUUAUUAUUUCUCAAUGGUCAUCGUACACUUAGUGAACAAGCUCAAAUUGAUAUGACAAGUGGCAUUCACAUUAAAAUUGAUGGAAUUACUACAAAUAUCAUUCGAGAUGAUAAUGAUAGUUCAAUUGAAGAAUCUACGUCAGUUUAUCAAGCAGUAAAUGUGUUUCCAAGAGGAAUUAAUGAAGCUCUUGAGGAAUAUGAUAAUAAGAGAUUGGAUGAGCAAAAUGAAACGUCAACAUUUGGCCCAAUUUCAAGGACUGCUUCAAUGAAGUCAUCUUCGAAUGUUCAUGAAUAUAAUAAUUCUUUCAAACCUAAAACUGUCCAAUAUAUUAACAUACAACCAGAUUAUGUUGAUGCGGACAACUUUUCAAAUAAUUCUUUAACAAUACAUAUUGAAGAUGAUAAUGAAUUCAAUUAA